AUGAGCAAACAAGUCGAGCUCGCCCUCGUCUCGUUGAUGCCGACAUAUGGCUCCGACCUGCCCGCCAGCCUCGUCGAGUCCGCCAGCUCCUUGCUCGCCCAAUCCCGACAUCUAGCCAGCACGCUCAAGGCAGAAGAGGAAAUCGCCCGUCUCUAUGCCUGUGCACACAUUGCCUGCACUAGGCUCAAGGUUGCGUUGGACCUCCCGACGAUAGAACCGCGGCCACCAAUUCCUCCGCGAGCGUAUAAGCGCUUGUAUACGCAUCUGGAAAAUGUCCUCCCCAACACAUAUGCCAGCGGACGAAGAACACGCAACGCCGGCUCCGCGCCGUCCUCGCAAACUCGCCCUCUUCCUUCAAGGCCCGAGCCCAGCAAAGAGAGCAGCCUCGCGCAGUUCCGGAAACAGACGGGCCCAAAUGCCAAAACACCAAUCAAAUCAGGCAGGCAGGGACACGCGAGCGUCAAGGAAUCAGACAUAUACCCAUGGGUUCAGCCCGUCAUCCGGCAUUUGUGUGCUGGGUCUGGGCACAAGAAACUGGCACCGUCAAUGCUGGCAGGCAUGGAGUCCAUCUUCAUUUCUGGGGGACGGAAAACAAAAGACGCAUGGUCAUGGAAGAACGCCACUGCGUUAUGUGCAGCCAUCAUAUUCUUUGUUGCCAUGCGCGCGAGGGAUAUUGACCCGGAGCAAGCCUUUCAACCUGAAAUCUACGAGCCGACUCGAGCUGAGAUAAUUGACCAGCUAGAUCGAGCUCGCCGAGAGGUCGAGGUCAAGGGUGUAGAGCCAGGUAGCCUCUGGGAAGGCUGGAGUGAUGUGAACAACAACGACUUUGAUGCUGCAGCGUCAAGAAUCCGCGACAAGGGCUGGCUGGAGGCCGACUGGUAUCAUGGCAUUACAGAUGUCAUCAACAUGGGCAUGCAGCUGGAUGGCGAUGUAGCCGAUGGUCUAGAUGAGGAGGACGCGUUGCAAGUUCAGCAGCAGAGAGCGGACACCAUGUUCCAGGAAAAUUACAAUUACUUGAGUGAAGGCCGUAGAGCAGAGUACAAGGCGUGGAAAGAUGCCACCUUGAUGCGGAUCGCAGAACUGUCUGCAUCCUUGGAGGCUGGCGGAAGCAAUGAUACCCAAUGA